AUGGCACAAACAUCACUUACUAAAUAUUUGACUACUAUACCGAUAUUUUCUAGCGCUGUCGUACGACAGAGAACAACAAUUCUAGGUGAAUGUAAAAUUUGUAGAGCAUCUGCACGAUAUUCUUAUUAUGGUGCAAUUGUAUGUCAUUCAUGUAAAAUGUUUUUUAAACGAAAUGCAGAAAAUAAACAAGUAAUAUUGAAAUGUCACUUUGAUAAUAAAUGUGAUAUUAAUAUGAAUAAUCGUCAUACAUGUGCUUCAUGUCGACUUAGAAAAUGUUUUAUGAAUGGGAUGCGUAGUGAAAUGAUUCGAUCAUCUCGAUGCAAGAAAAAUAAGAGAAAUAAAAAAAGAAAAUUGUUUAUCGAUUCAAUACCAUUAAUGUCAACAACAUCAGUGACAUUGAAUAAAACAUGUCAACUUGAUCAGAUUCCAACAUUAAAUCUCUUAAAAUUUGAUCAAUCAAUAUUGAGUAUUGAUCAAUGGAAUCUUUUAUCAAAUUUACUUAAUUGUUUCGAUGAAAAUAAUGGAUAUGAAUAUGUUGAAGAUUUUCUCGAAAAACAAAAUCGAUUACCACUCAAAUUACGAUUCAAAUAUUCAUCAGUUAAUUACUUUUUUAUAUUAAUGAUGAGUAAAGUUCAACGUGUAUUCGAGAAAAAUCGUGAUUCUCUUCUAUUAUCUCAACACGAUCGCACUAUUUUACUUGAAAAUACAAUAGAAUAUACAGCAACUAUUGGUGGAAUGUUUCUUUUACGUCAAGCAAGAUUAUUUGAUGAUGUGACUUUUGUUAAAUCUGCCGAGAUAAUCUUUCAACCAUCUGCAAUGGUUUUCAUUAAACGUGUUAUUGGUCAAUUCGAUUCUGAUGAUACAUUUAUUAAAUUAGUACUUACAAUUCUUGCUUUUUCAACAAUCAAUUAUACUGUAUAUAGAAAAAAUACUCAGACUAAUUUGACGAAUAUCAAAGCAAUUUUAUCGAUUCAAAAUCUGUAUACAGAUUUAACAUGGCGAUAUCUUUUAUAUAAAUAUGGUCAUCACGAAGCUGUAAUACAUUUUUCAAAUCUUUUAAAAUGUCUUUUUUCUGUAAACGGUGUUAUUGUUGAAGCAUAUGAAUCACAACAAUUUAUAGAUAUAAUUGAUUUUGUUUUUCAAGAAAUUAAACAGAAACUCAUUUAA